GCCUUGGUAUCAGUCUUUCAGCGAAAAUGACCACGGUGGGCUAGCCAGAUCAUAGCGCCGUAACGUUAAUGUAUAUAAAUUAGCCAUUUUAUUAGCUUGAUUUGCAAAGUAUUACCACAGCAGAAGCCGUAUUAGCCAGCCCUUAAGAUGCCUUUUCGGGCCGGCGAGCGGCAUGCCGGUGGCAGGUCUAUAUGCUUCAUUAUUCUACUGAACGUCGUGUUGUUUUCAAGCGGAGUUAUAGCAACUCAAGAAGAGAAUAAAGUCAUUCACGAAGAGCAGCCUGCGGAGGUGCAGAAGGCAGCCACCGGUCACGCACCUGGCGUAGUAGUGAGUGUCGAUGAACCCACUAAGGGAAACCUGGGCUUUAUUCAUGCCUUUGUGGCGGCCCUCUCAGUCAUCAUUGUCUCUGAACUGGGAGACAAGACGUUCUUCAUCGCAGCCAUCAUGGCUAUGCGCUACAAUCGCCUCACUGUUUUGGCAGGCGCCAUGUUGGCUUUGGGACUCAUGACAUGUUUGUCAGUCCUGUUUGGUUAUGCCACCACCAUUAUCCCACGGAUCUACACCUACUACAUAUCAACAGCACUGUUUGCCAUAUUUGGUGUGAGGAUGCUGAGAGAGGGACUGAGGAUGAGUCCUGAUGAAGGGCAAGAGGAGCUGGAGGAGGUCCAGGCUGAGAUAAAGAAGAAGGAUGAAGAGCUUCAGCGCUAUAAGCUAGCUAACGGCGCACCUGACGUGGAAGCGGGGACGGCAGCAACCAUGUUACCUCAGAGGAAGUGGCACAGUGUGAUCUCACCUAUAUUCAUUCAGGCACUCACCCUCACCUUCCUCGCAGAGUGGGGCGACCGCUCUCAGCUUGCUACUAUUGUGCUGGCUGCAAGAGAGGAUCCAUUUGGAGUAGCAGUUGGAGGAACAUUGGGACACUGUCUGUGCACAGGCCUGGCUGUUAUCGGUGGAAGGAUGGUGGCUCAGAAGAUCUCCGUCAGAACCGUUACAAUCAUCGGUGGAAUCGUUUUCCUCGCCUUUGCGUUCUCCGCUCUGUUUAUCAAGCCCGAUUCUGGAUUCUGAUGGAAGAACUGACUCUUAGUUUCAUUUUGUAUAUACACAACCCAGAGCAAGUGGAACAGAGAGAGACUCCGCAAAGACUGCAGAUGGCUUGUUUAUAUGUUUGAGUGAAUCUUUUUUUUUGUGUGAGUAAAGUAUGACUGAAUGAGUGAAUGAAAAACAAUUUACUGCUCAUGUCUUAAUGAGCAUUUCAGUUUGUCUGCUUAAUCCUUCCUUGUUUUUCUCUUUCUUUACUUUUGAAUCACACUGUUCUGUUUUUAGGUGAUCAUUAUAUUUCUCCUGUAUGCCGUCUAACAGUUUACUUGAACCUGCCAGAUGUUUGUCCUGGCACAUAGUACCAUUUUAAAUUACAAAUCAUGAAUAUUGUUUCUAUACUGUUUUAGCCCUAUUUGGGCAGUGUGCUAUGGAGAAAUACUGGCCUGGCUUCAGUCUGCUUUAUUCAAGUUCAAGCUUACUUGACUACGACAGCUCUAAAACUAAAACCAGAUCAAGCACUGUCCCUGUGACCAUCUACCCACUGCACAAUGGUAAAUCUACUCACGUCUCAGGAGUAUUUAGUGGGUAAGAGCCUCAGCUAUAUAACAGUCACAAUUCCCUCUUCAGUAACUGAAUUGAAUGCUGAAUUAUGCUAUAGGAACUGCCUGGUGUCUAAACUGCCUGUAGAUGGAUUGUCCUUAAUUUUUACCAUAUUACCAAAGGCUUGAAAUGUAGUAUGAAAUGAUGUCAGAUUGGAUUACUACAUCACAUGUGGCCUUUAACCCCAGUCACGGUAUUUAUUGGUUAUCAUUGUGCACUAAUAAAUGCAAUGGUUCUGCGUCAUUGGUCAUAAAGUGUUAAGGACAGUCAUGCUUUCACAGACUCUGUUGAAAGAAGCACACGGCAUACAUUUGAUGUCUACUUGUGAAGGAAUAGUAUCAUUUCUUAAGUCUGCCCUUUUCUUCCGAAUGUUUUUUAUUUAUUCUACUAUGGAGCACAGAUAUUGAUACUUGUCAUGGUUCAAUUAGUUUUUUUCCAUUGGGAAAGAGAUUUGGUUGUUUUUUUUGGUUUUGUUUUUUUGUAACUUUUUCAGGGUGACUUUGUCAAUAUUUGACGGGUUAACUUUGGAGAGUGUGAUGAUUGAAUUAUGAUAGAAGAACUGCAAAAAUGUUAUUCCUGUAAAUAUUGAAUAAAAAGGUCAGUCUCA